AAACAGGUAAAAAAAAAACAAGGGGUCUAAAAUAGUUCCUUGUGGUUAUAUCCACUGGUCGGUGACCACAGUGCAUCACAUGAAAAUUGGUUAACUAUCUGACUCAAUAUAGCUACACAAGAACUUUCCAACAGAGGUGCUCGGUCAGAAAAAAGCAUGCGGCCUGUCUGCAAACUGUAGAGAGGAGACGUGCAGUUGCAUGAUGAGAGCAUUUGACCAGAAUGUACAGAUAAGGCUUCUAGAAGUACUCCAUUUUUAAGGACACCUCACACUUCUGAUGGCCAUUAAUGGUCGUGUUGCAAACAGAAAUGCUGCUUAUUCCUCUCGUGCUGGUGUUUGCAGGAGUUUCUCAUGUUUUAUCUACAGGAACCAAGACUGUCUGUAAUGCGACCCAGUUUGCUACAUGUCAUGGGAACCUGGGAGAACCUACAUAUUUACAGUUGCUGCCAAAUGCCGUUGGACUUGAAUUAACUUGCAAGAAAAUGACUCAGAAUGGUCAUGCAGGGAUUUUUAGAUUUAGAAAUAACCAGAUUGUGUUCUUCAAUGAGUCCUUCACCUCAUCUAUGCAGGACCGAUGGCACUUUGUUGCUACAAACGGGACUAUAAUUAUCAACCAAGCAACAAAGAGAGACUCAGGAACAUACAAAGUAGAGAUCAACAACGGUGAAACAGGGGCGAUUGUGGCAAAUACCACAAUACAGCUGAUUAUUUCGGGUACACACAGUACUGUGAGAUCCAUUUUGACUGACAGGACCGACAACCCCAGCAAGAUGGAAACACAUGUUUACAUGGUCAGUUUAUUAUCAGCUUCACUUGGCGUGGUCCUGCUGUGUGUGGCUGGGGGAGUAUACUACGUCUGCCAGAGGAGGACACACAAACCAGCUGAGUCUGUUGGACUGCAGUAUGCUGAGAUCACCGUGCUGGAAAGAGAGAACAACCAGCCGGAGGAGAGAAUGAGGGAGGUGGAGUGCUGUGUGUAUGCUAAUGUUCAACGUGGACAGUGAGAGGAGACUGGGUAUUCUCCUUACAUCAUUCAAUGUCAUGGCUCAGAUUUGUCUUAGAUGUUCUCAAUGUGAAAACUGCAUAGCUUCAUUUCCACUCCAUUAGCCUACCCCAGUCUCUUUUGUUUGAUGCUAUAUUCCGGAUAUUCAUUUUUCCUCACUGUUAUGUUAAACUGUGGUCAUAAUGCUAAUUAAAUGAAUGAGUGGUUGCAUAUUUUGAUGCCUCAUCUUAAAGUGUAAUACAGUGCAACAAUACAAUAACAACAAUAGUAACAAUAGCUGUUAUAGAAAGUUCCUUUUCUGACUUUCCAAGAUGAGGAAACAAAGUUCUUCAUAAGGCAAGUGAAUGAUGAAAGGCAAAUAGAGUUAACAACACCGUCAUACCUUAAGAGGGAUGGCACAAUAGCAAAAGCACAAUAACAUUCCAAAAUGUGUCAAAUAAGAAUCUUAUCUUUGUAUAGAUCUGUAUAAAUCUGUUAUACUCUUCCUA